GCCGAGGGAGUUGGCACGAUGGUGCAACGGUCGAUAGGAGGGCCGGAUCUCGAGUCUCUCGAUCCAUUCCUUACCUUGGACGAGUUCCGGAUAAAAAACGGAUUUCCUGAUCAUCCUCACCGCGGGUUCGAAACUGUGACCCUGAUGUUGAAAGGACACUUUCAGCACGAGGACUUUGCAGGGCACAAGGGCAGGAUCGGGCCAGGGGAUGUGCAGUGGAUGACAGCCGGUCGUGGGAUCGUGCACGCAGAGAUGCCUCUAUUCCUUGGAGAGGAUGAAGAAGAGGAUGCGCAGGAUAUUUGGGGACUGCAGCUUUGGAUCAACUUGCCUAAGGAGCACAAGCUGUGCAAACCGCAGUACCAGGAGUUCAAGGACGAGCGCAUUCCACGCUGGAGCAAUCGGAAAGAUAACGACAUUGAGGUCAAAGUGAUCGCGGGAGAAUCGCAUGGGGUCAGGAGCAAGGUUUACACAAGGACACCAACGCAGUAUCUCGAGAUCAACAUGAAGCGGAAUCAGGUCUUGCGGGAGUGGAUCCCGGAAACCCAUGAAGGGUUUGUGUACGUGCUACAGGGUCGAGGGCGCUUUGGUGAGAAUGGGCCUGUCGAGGGACUGCCACAGCAACUGCUCAUCCUGGAAUCCACUUCCGCAUCCUCGGGAUCACCGAACAGCGAUGAGCCGCUGCACAUGGUGCUGGUUACGGGCGAACCAUGCCGUGAGCCGGUUUUCCGUCAGGGACCGUUUGUAAUGGCCUCAAAAGACGAGUUGGAGAGGACAUUUCGGGACUACGAAGAAAAGAAGCGUGGGUUCGAGCGAGCGCAGGGAUGGAAGUCCAGUAUUGGC